AUGAUUCAAAAAGAACGUAUCGACUUUAUUCAGAAACUUCCCUAUGAAUUGUCUUUUAAUAUAUUUUCAUAUCUUUCACAUAUUGAGAUUUUAGUGUGCAUGCUGGUAUGUAAACGAUGGUAUUCAGUGGCAACACAUCCUUUGGUUUGGAAACAGCUGUAUAAGCACCAGCAGUGGAAAGUUAAUUAUGAGCGUAUUGGGCAUUGUGAGGAGUGGGCUCAAAAAGAAAUGCAGCGUCUUCGUGAUUGGGUAAUGCAGCAUCCACAGCAAUGUUCUCUUGAACAAAUGUUUAAGCAAACAUUACCAGCAGAUAGCAUGUUUCGUCCACCUCAUAUAACGUUUUUAUCAAACACAGAGCUUGUUUUAAAUUGGCGGUUUUUGUAUCUUCAACGUUAUCGGUUGCUUAAGAAUUGGGAAAAGGGUGCAUAUGUAUGUUAUACCGUGCCUCGAACAUUAACACUAGAAUAUGAUGAAAUGCAUGAGGAUGGAAUUUAUUGCAUUGAAUUUAAUAGAAAUUGGAUUGUUUCAGGGUCAAAAGACACAACGAUCCGUAUAUGGGAUUUACAAAAAGGUAUAUGUCACAAAGUGUUUCGUGGACAUCGUGCAAGUGUACUAACUCUUCAAUUUGAUGUCAAUAUGAAUAUUCUUGUUUCUGGAUCAAGUGAUACUUUGGUUAUUAUUUGGAAUUUAAGUUCAGGGAAGAUACUUUCGAUAUAUAAGGGUCAUACAGAUAGUGUUCUAAGUCUUUGUUUUGAUACAAAACAUAUCGUAACUUGCUCAAAAGAUUCUACAAUCCGCAUUUGGCAUCAUGUUGAUCAUGUAAAAGAGGGAAAGCGGCAUUAUGUUCAUGUACUUAGAGGACAUCAUGCAGCAGUUAAUGCUGUUCAACUUAAAGAAGAUCGAAUUGUGAGCGCUAGUGGUGAUCGGACGAUUAGAAUAUGGAACGUAUAUACCGGUGUUUGUUUGCGAACAAUCAUGUGUCACCAACGUGGUAUUGCGUGUUUACAGUUCGAUGGCAAACACAUUGUAUCAGGGAGUUCGGAUCAUUUAGUUCGGUUAUUUGAUGCAAAUUCUGGUCAAGUACUACGUACUUUUGAAGGCCAUUUAGAUCUUGUACGGACAGUUCAGUAUCAUUCACAUAAAAUCAUUUCUGGCUCAUAUGAUGAAAAUAUAUGUAUAUGGGAUUUAUUUUCUGGAAAAUUAUUGCAUCAAAUUAAAAGCAAAGAUACUGGUCGUAUUUAUCGAAUUGCAUUUGAUGAUAUUCGUAUCAUAAGUUGUGGACAAAAAAAACAUAUUAUUGUAUAUGAUUUUGGGCAUAAUAUAGAUACCACUUUUUUCUAA